GCGGGCGGCGCGGGAGGGCGGAGGAGGGAGCCAGGGCGGCGGAGCGUGUGUGCCACCCGCGGACCGGUCACGUCCUCGCGCGGGCGCCGGCACCCCGCGUCGUGCAGAACCGGGGCGCCACAGCCCCGCGCUCGCGGCCCCGCCCCGCCGGGUGCAGCUCGACCGACGCACGGAGCCGCGCCCGGGAGGUGGUGAAGGGCCGGAUGCAAGGCAGGGAGCCAGAGCAGCCUGAGGCAGGGGGGCCUCAGGGAGCGCUGGGCCCUCCAGCCGUGCUUAGAAGCAUCAGCAUCAUCGCCACAGCAACCAGCGACCAGACAGCAGUAGCCUGGGCAGACACUGCCUAGGCAGGCAGACGCAAGCGGACAGCUUUCCUACCGUGGCAGAGUACAGGGAAUGACUACGGCAAAUCAGGCCACACUGCUGAACAGGGAGGUGGAGUGUCACUAGAGGGGAGGGUGUGGUCUCUGCCCCGCCGCACUGAGCGCCAUGCCCGCAGGAGAAGAGCCACUGGGGCAGGGAUUGCAGUGUGACAUGACGGCCUUGCCCCAAAGCCAGUGCUGAGCACCCACCCCCAGGUCAGCCCGCCGCCGUCUCCCCGACGAGAGUCCGCCUGUGACACCAGCCCACACAUUUCAGCAUCCCUCACUGUGACCAUCCUGUCUGUCGGGCAAAAAGGGGGGAGAGGCACCCAUCCUGUGUUCUGUAUCAGGGGGGCCCCCCCACCCCACCCGCUGCUGCCGGACCAUGGGAUGUCGGCAAAGCUCGGAGGAAAAAGAGGCAGCGCGGCGGUCCCGGAGAAUUGACCGCCACCUGCGCUCCGAGAGCCAGCGGCAGCGCCGGGAGAUCAAACUCCUCCUGCUGGGCACCAGCAACUCGGGCAAGAGCACCAUCGUCAAGCAGAUGAAGAUCAUCCACAGCGGCGGCUUCAACCUGGACGCGUGCAAGGAGUACAAGCCCCUCAUCAUCUACAACGCCAUCGACUCGCUGACCCGCAUCAUCCGGGCCCUGGCCGCCCUUAAGAUUGAUUUCCACAACCCCGACCGUGCCUAUGACGCGGUGCAGCUCUUCGCGCUGACCGGCCCGGCCGAGAGCAAGGGCGAGAUCACGCCCGAGCUGCUGGGGGUCAUGCGACGGCUGUGGGCCGACCCGGGGGCCCAGGCCUGCUUCGGGCGCUCCAGCGAGUACCACCUGGAGGACAAUGCCGCCUACUACCUGAAUGACCUGGAGCGCAUCGCGGCACCUGACUACAUCCCCACGGUGGAGGACAUCCUCCGCUCCCGGGACAUGACCACGGGCAUUGUGGAGAACAAGUUCACCUUCAAGGAGCUCACCUUCAAGAUGGUGGACGUGGGCGGGCAGAGGUCAGAGCGCAAGAAGUGGAUCCACUGCUUUGAAGGCGUCACGGCCAUCAUAUUCUGUGUGGAGCUCAGUGGCUAUGACCUGAAGCUCUAUGAGGACAACCAGACGGUGUUUGUGGAAGGAGGAAGGCUCUGGCCACAGCUCUGGAUGCCUGAGUGUUCUGGACAUAGAGCCUGUAGCCUGACCGAUGGCCAUGAAGACAGAAGGCAGGGCUCUCUUCCCCUCCCCUCCAGCAUCCAGGUACCCUGGGAACCGUGCCAGAGCCGGAUGGCAGAAAGCCUGCGCCUCUUCGACUCCAUCUGCAACAACAACUGGUUCAUCAACACCUCGCUCAUCCUCUUCCUGAACAAGAAGGACCUCCUGGCGGAGAAGAUCCGACGCAUCCCGCUCAGUGUCUGCUUCCCAGAGUACAAGGGUCAGAACACGUACGAGGAGGCUGCCGUCUACAUCCAGCGUCAGUUCGAGGACCUAAACCGCAACAAGGAAACCAAGGAGAUCUACUCCCACUUCACCUGCGCCACCGACACCAGUAACAUCCAGUUUGUCUUUGACGCGGUGACGGAUGUCAUUAUACAGAACAAUCUCAAGUACAUUGGCCUUUGCUGAGGAGCCAGGCACGGCCUGCCUGCCUGCCUUGCCUGCCGGUGGUGAAACCCGCGGGGUGUCGGACCCCCGGCUCAUGCUAGAGAGAGGCCCAACCCCCAGGGGGCAGAAAACGGGGCUUGAAGAGUGUGUCCCCACCCCCACCCCCAGCCUCUGCCUUCUUGGCCCCACGUCUCAGCAAACAUAAAUAUAUUUGGAUAGAUUGCUAGGUAGGUAGACGACACACACGCACACAAACACACACACACAUGCACACACUCACGCACACACGCACACACGCACAUCCGGAGAUGGCAGAGCUCGCCCAAGUGUCAAGGUUUCCUGAAGUCUUACGGAGCUGCCGAUCAGUUCCGAGGAGGCCGUCUUGCCCCCCCCUUCACUCUGCCUUCCUGAGUUGGCCCCAUUCUGCAUGGGGGUUCACGUUGGACUGCCCCGGGGCGGGGAGAGGCCGCAGGACUCUCUGGGGCCAGGUCCGGCCAGCUGUGCCCAUUGCCCGGAAGAAGGCCAGCUCACCAACUGAGCUCCGGAUUGGGGACUACCACUGACCAGGGGGGAGGCCCGGAGCAGGGGCUGUUGUUUCCCCCGCUCCCAGCCGCACCCAACUCGGCCACUCUGCACCACAUGUGUCCCGUACCUCGGACCCGCGGGAAAACAAGGGACUGUACGGAUCGGACAUCUAACCACUGGUGGCUCUUUUUAAACAGCUAAAAAGUAUGCAGCAAAAAUUAACCCAGGAAAAUGAGCGGCAUCGUUUAUUUCAAACUAGGCCAGCUGGGUUUGCGGCUCUCCUUCUGCUGGUCUGAUGUUUUAUAAAUGGAAACCUGGUUUUUCUUCCCUGGCAUCUUUUUUUUCUUUUUUUUAAUUUUUUUAUUUUUGGCCAAAUUUUAUGUUUCGCAGAAAAAAAACAACGAAACAAAACUACAGUUUCGGACGUGAUUAGCUAUUCUUUUUUAAAUGCAGAUUUUCAAAACACAUUUCAUUUCAGGUGUCCCCUCUGUGUCUGGCUUGUGUGAGUAUAGAAGCUGUCAUCUGGACGAUUCUGCUCCUCGGCUCCAAAGAAUUCUGGGGCAGGUGGCACCCCGACGCCAGCCUCAUGGGACAUAUAUGUACAUAAGCCUCUGCAACGUCCUCUUGUAAUUGGUGCCGUUUUCUGCUUCGUUUUUAUUUAAGAAAAAUAAAUGUGAUGUAUUUACAGAAGGUUCUUUACUAGGAGCGAAUGAACAAUAGCUAAAUGUCUUGGUAUUUAAAGUGUAAAUUAUCUAUGGCUUUGCCAAAAGAAGGGGGAGGGGGGCAGGCAAGAGAAGGCACUCCCUGGUCCCCAAACACUCCAAGCCUGAGGUGGGCUGGGAGCUAGCUGCUCAGACUCCGGUGAAGGCACAGCCAGAGUUGUGGCCUGAAGGAACCCCUGCUGGGACCUGGGACCUUGCAUUCCAGGCCUUCUAGCCCCAGGGCCCACAGACGCUGGUCACAAAACCCCUGCUGCCAACGGGGACGGCACCACUAGAGCCCUUGCCAAAUCUCUCUCAACCCUUUGUUUGGUACCCAUGAGUCCAAGGUCAAUGUACAGAUCGCAGCCAAGGAGUUGAGAUGUACAGAGGGAGAGAAGAGCUGAUGACCGUAUGAAAGUCAAAGAUUGUCUACUUUAAGAAAAUAAAAUACCCUGAAUGGAGCCGAA